AUGGAGCAAUCGAGAAAGUCUGCCAAAGUUGCUUACCAAGGAUUAAAGGAGUUAGUUAAAUUUGGAAAGUUUGUUGAGAUUGAAGACAAACCUGCGGUUGUUUCAAUAAAUGUUGAGGUUGCCUACGAACAUGUAGCGCCCAAACCAAAGUUUCAAUUCGCCAUUGAAGAGAUUGAAUUAUCUGAUGAUGAAGAAGAUCAAGAGGAUCAAGAAAAUGAACUAACAGAAAAAGAGUUUGAAGACUUUAUUCAGCAAAGUAUCUCAAACCCUAAGAAGGAUGCAGCUGUCACACCACCGGUUGUGACUGAAAGGGAAAGUGACACAAUGAUGCAAUCCUCCAUACCGACACCUGAACAGAUGGAUGCUCUCAUAGCAGAAGUUCAGCGAAAUACAAGGAAGCCUCCCCAAACAGUUCCUGUCGCUACUGAAUCUCCAUCUAAAAGUUAUCCAGAAGACUCAGCCUACGUUUUACUCCCAAAGAACCGAAAAAGAAGAGAUCCAAGGAUUUUCAAAGCCCAAUUGUUGAAGAAGAAGUCAUACCUUCAGAAGGAUCUCAAGCUUCAGGCAGCUCAUUUGAAACACCCGAGAUGGACAUCUCCAAAGGCAAAAGCAAGUUGCCUGAGUCUGAAUUUGUUGAUGUCGUUCAACUUCAGAACAGAGUCUUUGAUCUGCAAAAACUCUACUGAAAAAGAUUUGGUAAUUGGAAAGCAGGAUAUUCGAAUCAGCGAGCUUGAGAAAGAGAACUCUGGUAAAGAUUCAAAUAUCUCAGAGCUUCAAGCGAAUCUUGGUGGUUUAACUGCUCUAUUCUUUGAUCUGAAACAACGCCAAUUUCAGAAGUUUGGUGAUGAAUUUCAACCUUGA